UAUUGUUUUGUCUACACAGGCUACAUAUAAUGACUUCCUGGGACAUGUUUACUCUAAAAUAAACAUGUUUUUAUGAGUGAAAGAUGAAGCCAAGACGCACCCAGAGACAUUCAGGGAAAGGACUUGUUACUGCAGGUGAUAAGGCAACACUGAGCCAAGCCAAGCCUGCUCAAGUCAAACCUUUUGUUGGGAAAGUGUUUUACCUGGAUCUGCCAUCUAAUAGAGUAGCAGAGUCUUUGGAAGGGGACAUAAAGGAACUUGGAGGGAUUGUGGAGAAGUUUUUUAGUAAGGAAAUAAAGUAUCUGGUAUCCAACAAGAGGGAGGCUAAAUACGUGCAUUGCCUCAGACAGGACUCUCCAGUCCCCAGCCCAGACUCUGGACAGAGUUCUCCUCACCCCCGCGCCAACCCACCUCGGCCUGGCAGCCAUGGAGACAGCAUCAAAUGCAAGUCUCAGGGCCAAACUGACACAUUUGUUAAAAGUAGGGGGAAGUCUUUGGUGGAGAAAGUGGUGAAAGAGCAGGAAAGGGUACAGAUGAACAAGAUUCUGUCAAAUGCUUUGGAGUGGGGUGUGAAAGUCCUUUACGUAGAUGAUAUAUUAGCCUAUGUUCGGAAGAGAAAAAGGACUAUCAGCGGCCAGCAUCCUGCCACCACUGCUGUAAAAACAAGUUUACACUUGCGGGCCAAAGUUGAGACCGCAGCAAAACACAGCUUUCUAAAAUUGAAAGGAGGAAGGAUCAGUAAACCUUUCAUCAAGGUUGAGGACUCGAGCAGACACUAUCGUCCAAUCUACCUCACUAUGCCAAACAUGCCUGAGUUCAACCUGAAGACUUUUCCUCCCUGUAGUCCCUUCUGUGUCGAGGACAAGGAUCCUCCUGGGAACAAACAGCGAGGACACAGUGAAGACACAGUACACGUCCGAAAGAAGAACAGAGACAAGAAGCGAAGCGGCUACUGCGAGUGCUGUUUGGUCAAAUAUGAGAACCUCACAACGCAUCUACAGAGCGACUGCCACAAAGCUUUCUCAAAGACUGAUGAAUAUCUAGUUGUGGACAGACUGGUUUCAAACCUUCCCUGCAACUUAUUUCACAUCAAACCUCAAGUAAAAAGGCCCAAGUGCAGUGUUUCCUCUUUUCUGGUUGCUCCUGGACCUUGUGGGAAAACGGAGCUAAGGCACGAGGGAGAUCUGGAUACCUCAGAGAUUAUUAAAGAAGAGCAGCAACAGACUGAUGGUGGCCGCAAGGGAUCUAAUUUAGGACACAUUUUAAAAAUGAAGUCCCCUCCUGCCCCUCUGAUUCACAAAGAGAGAGACAGACGGACUUAUGGCACUCACUCGGACAGAUCCAAGCACAAACCUCUUGCACGUAAACGGCCGUGCAGACAGACUUCAUUGACUUCUUGCGCUCAGAAAGCUGGUAAGGCUGAAAUUUCUCGGCCAGGUACAGAAACAGCACCCUCUAGAGGUGACAUUACUGCCCCUGCUGCCUCUGGAGUAUCUCAGGUUGACCCAGUGGACCGAAUAAUAAUUCAAGAUGAUAACAUCCUAUCCUCUCACGUCUGUUCUAUGAACAAACAUGAAGUUUGUUGUAAAGAAGUUUCUUUAAAAAGCCUCAGUGUAAUAAUGCAUCCUGAGGAGUCGGAUAAGAAGCAGGAAUCAUCCCUUUGUGAGGCUGUACAAAAUACAGUAACUGAAAACAACUCUGAAGAAACAACUCCUCCCACAGAAAACUUUCCUCCUGUUCAGGAAAUACAGAGGAGGGUCAAAGUUUAUGAACACAAAAGAAGGAAAGUGGACACUCUUGUGAAACAUGUAAAGCCAAGUGACAUUCCUGAUGACUCCAUGCUGACACUUUGGGAUCUUUUUCAGUCAAGUGAUAACACGGAGGUGGAAUUUCUCGGGUUUUAAGGCUUGGCAAAGGAAAACAAAUUACCAGUAGCUUCAGGGAAAAACAGUUGUUACUUGCUCGAUUUCAAGAACCACACCACAGAUUGUGGCAUUGACUCUGCAAGCCUAGACCUAGAUCUUUUUGGUCUUGAAACAUAAGUUUAAUACAGUGUGAGUAAACACACUGUACUAUUUUUAUUUGCAGGGUUUGUAUCAGAUGUAAAGCAGCAGCUGAUUUGCUGAGGUUUAAAGCAUUGCGAUAUAUAACUUAAGAGGUGAACCAGAAAACAACAAAAUAUAUUUUGUGGUUACUAAAACUAAAAUGUUUGAAAAUAUAAAACAACAUGUGAUAUUUUGACAGUUUUUUUUAAAGGCCUUUAUUAUCACAUUUCAAUAACACAUCUUGUCUUUAUCUAAAUCUUCUCUGGGAUGGGUAGAAAUCAAAUUAGGAGAAUUGAUAACUGGUCAUUCCUUUUAUAUUCAGCUGCUGAUAUUUACAUCAACUCUGAAAAAUGCAGAGUUCUGCCUCUAAACUUAAAUGAGUGCCAAUUUAUGUGGUCACCUUUUUUUUGUAUAAGGUAAUUGUCUUUGUGACAUGUACAUAAAUAAAACAAAUGGCAACUAAUAACGGCAGGUACAUCAAAAGGCCCAUCUCAAAAUAUUAA